AUGAAGACACUGUUAUCAUCACUAGUUUUGGCAGUUUUCGCUCUUUGCUGUGUCCAUGGUUACUCAUCUUUCCAGACAAGUAUUCCAAAUGGAGUUAACGUCCUUAGCCCUUGCGAUGAUACGACCCCCUGGCCGGGUGUUGGUCAUGAGGCUAUGGGCGGGAGUGUGGAACCACACUCUGUGCGAGAUGGUUCGGAUGGCGAUGGAAUCUCAAACGGAGCAGAACUUGGGGAUCCAAACUGUGAUUGGACUCCGGGAUCAAAUCCAGCUGCUCCGCCUAGUGGAUUUCCGGGUGUGUGCGAGCCAUGGAGUGAUCCAAUAUGUCUACAAAAGAAUACUUUCAACAAAUGUCAGACAGAAAAUAUGACGUGUGACGCCAUCAACAGUACUGUUGAACUUGGCGAUUUUGUCAAUCCGUUAAACACCCCGUACGUCUGCGGUAUGGCAGGGAAGGUGCGAUGUAUGGAUGCAAUUGGCGGAUGGAGUGUUGGUAUGCCUGGUUUGUGUCAUAAUGAAAAUACUGGAAUAAAGAUAGGACCAACUAAUCACAAAUAUGCUGUGAUGCAGAUGCAUUGGAACAACCCGUCAGAGAGGCAUGGCUACACGGACAGUUCUGGAAUAAUCCUGUUCUACACUCCUAUAUUACGGCCAUACAAUCUGGCUAAUUUGUUGACAGGAGAACAUAUAUUCAGUAUUCCACCCGGGGAAAAUCGUUACGUCGUAGAAUCAGAGUGCAGUUCCACUUGA